GUCAAAGACUCUAGUGAUAGUUGAGAGUCGGAUGAUCAAUGUAAUUGACUUAAAAAUAUGUUGCAUGCAAUCUCUUUAAAACGAAUUUUAUUACAUUGUAUCUUUGAUAACGUGCGGUUUUUCCUUUUUGACAUUGUUUAAAUCUUUCGAAAAUGUGUCGCUUUAUUUGUGGCAUAUGUAUAUUAUAGAAGCGCUAGUUUGUCACAGUCAGAUUUAACUGUAGUUGAAACAUUAUCCGCUGUCGUCCAUUGUUUUGUUUUUGCUUUUUUUACAACAACUUCUCCACGUCUGAAUUCUCUGGAAAGCACAUCAAGGAGCUUCUGAGGGCUCAGCAUGGUGAACAGUCAGCUGGGUGGUGGUGUGGCGUCACCCCCCAGGUCGUGUGCAGGAUGCGGGGGGAACAUCGCAGACCGCUUCCUGCUCUUCUCCAUGGAGCGCUACUGGCACACACGCUGCCUCAAGUGCUCCUGCUGCCACGCACAGCUAGGCGACAUUGGCAACACCUGCUACAGUAAAGGAGGCAUGAUUCUGUGUAGGAGCGACUAUAUCAGGUUGUUCGGGCACAGUGGAGCAUGCAGCACCUGUGGCCAGUCGAUCCCGGCCAAUGAGAUGGUUAUGAGAGCACAGGGCAAUGUGUACCAUCUCAAGUGUUUCACCUGUGCCACCUGUAGAAACAGACUGGUGCCAGGCGACCGCUUCCACUAUGUCAACGGCACCAUCUUCUGUGAGCACGACCGGCCAGAGGCUGCACUGCUCAGCCGCCACCUGCCCCCACUCCAGAGUAACCCUGUGCUGCCUGACCAGAAGGUGUGCUGAGUGGUUAGAGUGGUGCGUGGGGCCUUCAUCCUUCCCUUGUCUCCAGAGGUCUCUCCAUCCCUGCUCCUGAUACUGUUGUUGUGGAUCCUUUUUAAUUUAACCUUUUCUUAAACAAGUCAAGUCAGUUAAGAAGAAAUUCUUAUUUUACAAGGACGGCCUAACCCAGACGAUGCUGGGACAAUUGUGCGUCGCCCUAUGGGACUCCCGAUCAUGGCCGAUUGUGAUACACCCCGAGAUCGAACCAGGUUCUGUAGUGACGCCUCUAGCACUGAGAUGCAGUGCCUUAGACAUCUGCGCCACUUGGGAUCCUCAUCACCAUCCACCAUCUUGUCUCUUUGACCAGGAGGUUAUUUUUACUUGCAGGAUCAACUUCAGAUGUGUUGUACAUAUCCAUGCUUGAGACAGUGUACAAAUACACUGUAAUGGUGAGUCGUGUGUGAUACAGUGCUGGUCUGCCCAUCAAAGACAAUAUGGACCACAUUAACUACUUCAGGACUGAGGUUACAUGUUGUACUGUAAGUAAGGGACCCCCAAUUCUGUGCACAUCCAGAACUUUGGUGCUUGUGGACAAAUCUCGCCAUGAGUUUUAAGGGUAUGGCCUGGACCCUCUCCAGGAAGAAUAAAGCAAAUCAAAAUAAGCUUUUCCGUGGAGUCCACUGUCAUAGUGGCAUUGCUGUGGUUAUCAUUAUUGUCAAGAAUAACCCAUAGCUUAGAUAAUGAACUCAGAAUUCCUCUCAAUGGCCUCACAUCUGUUACUCUGUGAUGUUUAAACCAUCAUAUGAAUUGGGCUGAAGUCAAGGAAGAAGAUAAAUGUCCAUUAUUUUUCUAUAAUGCUAUUGUGUGUUUCCCAGUGGAGUUCUAUUUCCUGAAUUAAUGUUUCAUUCAAUUGAAUUAUGGAUGCCUGUUCAAUAUGUGAAAUUAUCAGAUGGAGACAAAAAAUGCUAUUAAAAGACUUGAACUGAAGUAAUUGAUGCCUAUGUGCAGUUGGUUGGUCACAUGACACGAGUCUUACGGAAUUACAUGGUAAACUACUACCCAGUUGGUGUGGCAUUUCCUCCCUGUUUGUGCUGCAUAGCUCCCCUCAGCCCUGUAUGGUGAAAGCAUGCCUGAUUACCCUGAGGAAUGGAAUUAGAAGGCUACAGUCCUGACCAUUUACAGAAGCAAUUAAACUUGAGUGGUGUAUCUGUGCUGCCUGCUACAGUUCCUGCUCCUGGGAGGCUGAACUUUGGCCAUAUCCCGUGGCUGACUUUAUUAAAGACUAAUCUGGGAGCCGGCCUAAUUAAAGGGAGGGGCUCCUACGCAUCCAGCCAGCGUGUAGAAGAAAAAGAAAAAAAACACAACAACAAUCUGAUGCUUGGAUGGUUAACCAUGUUGCAAUUAAAAGACACAAGCCAGAGCUUUUCUAAUCCCCCUCUGCUGCUCUUGGUUGUUCAAAAGAAUGAGCUUUGAUUUCUGUUAGGAUCUGCAUUGGCUAACUUGCUUGACCUUCCUUGAAUUUGUCUGUUUGAUGUACUGUAAAACUGGAUAUGACAAAUCUGUAGCCUGUAUAGUCAGACAUGGGUGUGUAGAUCUGAGUGGUUAAGGCUUUAAGUAAUACAGUUUGAGUGAAUCAGAUGACAGCAUCUGCUGUGCUUCAAAUGAGGUCUGUACUUUCACACCUUUGCUAGGAGCAUGGCAGCCAUCAGAAUUGCACCUUAAUGUGCUUAGCUAUUUCAGAAGUCCCACUUGUCAUGGUGGGUGCUGAUACUGCAUCAAUUAUGUAUUCCACGUUUGAUUGAAAAGCAUCACGCAA